AGUUCCUCAAGGGCCCUAUCUCCAAAUAUAGGCACAUGGGGGGUUAGGGCUGCAAUCUACGGAUUUGGGGGAUGCAAUUCAGUCCAUCACAGCACCCAACUGUGAGCCAGAAUGGGGGGGGAAGGUGCCAGGGCCCUGGGGCUUCUUUCCCAAACGAGAGUCACUCUGCUUGGUUCAAGGAGGGAGAGGAGCAUGGGCUGAAGGCAGUGCCGGAGCAUGGAAGGGGCAGAGAAUCCCAACCCACUCUGGGCCCCCAGUGUCUUCUGCUGUACAAAGCAGGUGUUUUUACCCGCCAAGGAUGUGUCUUCCCUUCCUGGCUUACCAAGUGUUUAAGUGUAGACAGAAAAUUUAUUUUUCUGGGGCUCAGCUUCCUCAGGGGAAGCUGAGGUCAUGCCCCCUGAGGGACCCUAACCCAAAGGCCUUCAGGGCACUGGCCCGAGUGUCUGCAGCAGGUGCUUCCUCCCUGAAUGCUUCCACACAGCAAGAUCAGGGCCACAAAUGCUGCCCCCAGCCUGUUCUGGUAACCGACGCUGCAAACCCAAGAAAGUCUGGGAUGGUAGUGGCCAGGAACGGGGCAUGCCACAGCCCCCCCCCUCAGAGCAGGGAGGAGGAUGCUGGGUCAGCCUUGGGGACCCCAGGCACAGUGGCCACAGGAGGCAGAGCUCCGUGGGUCUGCACCAUGUCCUUCACGGCUGUCCUGCUCAUGCUACUUGUCUACUGCACAGGUUGUGAUCCUCAGCCUGUGCUGCAUCAGCCGCCGGCCAUGUCCUCGGCACUUGGAACCACGGUCCGCCUCACCUGCACCCUAAGGAAUGACUAUGACAUCAGUGUGUACAGCGUCUACUGGUACCAGCAGAGGCUGGGCCACCCUCCGAGAUUCCUGCUGAGAUACUUCUCACAGUCAGACAAGAGCCUGGGCCCCCAGGUCCCCCCUCGCUUCUCUGGAUCCAAAGAUGUUGCCAGGAACAGGGGGUAUUUGAGCAUCUCUGAGCUUCAGCCUGAGGAUGAGGCCAUGUAUUACUGUGCUAUGGGGGCCCGGGGCUUGGAGAAAAAGGAGAGGGAGAGGAAGGGGGAGGAAGAAAACGAACCCACUGCAGCCGGGACACAUGUCCUUUGAACUGAAGAUAGCCAUUGACUUCAGUUCUCCAAGGGGCAUGCAUCCCCUUGGAGAGGAUGUCAGGGAAGAGGCUGGAGCCACGGCCCGAAGUGUCGAGGAGGUGGAGCUAUUCAGCUUCUCCUGGUCCUGCAGUGUUGCUGUAAACCCCCAUCAGAGGCUGCAUUAGAGAAUUAAAGCUGCUCGUGACUUUUUCCUGA